CGUAAACCACAACUCAUUGCAAGACAUCUGAAGACAUCACCGAAACAUGAAUCCAAUGAAACCAUUGCUCGCGUCCUCUGCGUUACCACUCAUCUCACGACUCAUCCCAAUUGUGUGUCGACUGUCGACAGUCAGUAACAAACGGAUCACUCGUAUGGCGAGUGAUCUGGAAGUGUCUGAAAGCGAACUCCACAGCAAUGGUAACGAAUCGGUGGUUAAGACACGACUCGUGAAUAGGAAUCCAAGAAAUUUGGAACAACUUCUGUUCGAUAAGAAGCCAUUGGGUUAUGAACUGGAUUUGUCUCAAAGAACCUUCUGGAACAAGAUUGUCUUCUCGAGCGGCGGCAAACACUUGACGGCAAAGAUUGUCCACAACUCGGGACGCGUUGUCGUCAGCGCCGGUACUCGCGAGACAGCCGUUGGACAGCAGCUCAAGAGUUCCAGUGGUGUGUCUGCGGCCACGAGUUUAGGACAUGUGUUGGCGUUGAGGGCCAUUGAGAGCGGUAUUCUUGAGCUGUUUGUCGGCAUUGAGUACGAGUCCAACCAAUCACUCAAAGUGAAGGCGUUUCUCAGCGCUCUUAAGGCGAAUGGACUCGUAUUGUCUGAACAGCCGUUUGUUUUCGAGAGACAGCGAAGGGAUCACUAGUUUAGACACUCUUUCGAGCCAUCAUUCAAACAAAUGCUGUUUUUCUAAUCAAUUUUGUCGU